AUGCUAGAUUCAACACCUGAUCUAGCACACCGGGAACAGUUAUCAGAAGUUAUUAGGUUUGUUGAUGUUAAUUUCAAAACCAAAAAAGUGACCAUCAAAGAAUCUUUUCUUGGUUUUAUUCAGCUUCAUGCAAAAGAUGCAGCAACACUAGAAAAUGUUAUUGUUGAACAGUUGCAAGCAGAAAACCAUCCUAUAGCUGACUGUCGAUCUCAGUGUUAUGAUAACGCAGCUGUAAUGGCAGGAGAACUGUCCGGACUCCAACAAAGAAUUGCCAUUCGAAAUCCUCAAGCAUCUGCUUCAACUGUUCGAUGGGAGAAAAUGAAAGAAUUGCUUGGAAUUACAUUGAAGAGAGAAUGUCCAACACGCUGGAGUGCAAGACAAGAUGCGUUGAAUGCAAUCCACGAACAGUUUGAUGGAUUUUUACAGCUGUUAGAAAACCUGUAUGAAGAUGGUACUCAAACUGGUGAGACUCAGAAUGAUGCAUACAGUUUGCUUCAAAAUGUGAUGAAUUUCAAUUUCAUCACUCUACUUGAUUUCUGGCAUGCAGUUUUGUCAAAAAUUGACCGGAUUCAAAAACGACUGCAAGAUCCAUCAAUGAAUUUCCAUGACGCAGCACUGGAUUUAGAAGGACUGCAGCAACGGCUAAGUAGCAUUCGAGAAGAUGUUUGCAUCACUGCAGUCAAUGCAGCUAAAGUUCUGUGUGAAAAAUUGGGAAUUAGGAUAGAAGGAAGAAUUAAACGUCGAAAACAGAUGCCUGGUGAAAAUGCUGGUGAUGCAGGACUCGCUGCGGUUGAAGAAAUAACUCGCAUUAUGAAAUCAGUUAUUGAUAGACUAAUCCAGGAGAUGACAACACGAUUUGGUCGUCUGAAGACGUUAGAUGAAAAGUUUGGAUUUCUAUUCAACAUCAGCAAAUUGUUUGCUAAUGAUACCUCUAAUGAUAUUCAACAGCACUGUGCUACGCUGGCUGACUUUUAUAAAACUGAUAUCGAUGGAACUGAACUGUUCGUAGAAAUCAGUGACUGCAGUAUGUUGCUGAAAACCCGGCCAGAUGCUACCCCAAGCAGCCCAUUAGAAUUACUUUCAUUUAUUAUUUCAUAUGGCAAUGACAUAUUUCCAAACUUGCGAAUUGCUUUGCAAAUUAUGCUGACAAUCUCUGUGUCAGUUGCUAGCUGUGAGCGUUCUUUUAGUAAACUAAAAAUCAUUUUAACUUAUUUGAGAGCUUCAAUGGGUCAGGAGAGUCUGUCAUACUUGGCAUUGCUAAGCAUAGAAAAGGAGCUGGUCGAAACAAUUAAUUUUGAUGAUGUCAUUGACAACUUUGCUAGUGCAAGAUCACGAAAAGUAGUUCUAUAA